UCUCGACCCGCAGGACGCGGAGGUUCGUCCGGGGCCAAGUUCCGCAUCUCCCUGGGUCUCCCGGUGGGGGCUGUGAUCAACUGCGCCGAUAACACCGGAGCCAAGAACCUGUACAUCAUCUCCGUGAAGGGCAUCAAGGGCCGGCUGAACCGGCUGCCGGCGGCCGGCGUGGGUGACAUGGUGAUGGCCACGGUGAAGAAGGGCAAGCCGGAGCUGAGGAAGAAGGUGCACCCAGCAGUGGUGAUCAGGCAGCGGAAAUCCUACAGGAGAAAAGACGGGGUGUUCCUGUACUUCGAGGACAACGCGGGAGUGAUUGUGAACAACAAAGGAGAAAUGAAAGGCUCAGCCAUCACCGGCCCCGUGGCCAAGGAAUGUGCAGAUCUGUGGCCCAGGAUCGCCUCCAACGCCGGCAGCAUCGCCUGAGCCCCUCCUCCUCCUGCCCCUGUCCCUUUAGGGACUCUAAAUAAAACUCCUCCUACCAACUCA